AUGCAGCAUUCAACACCAUUAUCUACAUCAUCAUAUUCCAACUCCAACUGCGAAUCAUCAUACAAACACAGUCAUCAUUCUGAACAUGAAGAGCAGCAACAAAAUGAGAAACCAGCAGCCGAUCUACCCACUCCUCCACCAUCACCUAUCGGAUCGCCACAUCAUCACUCUAUGGCUGCUACACUUGAAGCCAAUGGUCGAAUCCUGGCAGCAAAACGUGAAGGCAACCUAAAGGCGGUCAUGUCCGAAUUCUGCACUAUGAAGAAACAGCAAAUUUUAUUGACACAUCAUACCUAUAAUCUAGUUCUCGACGCACAUGCCAAUUUGCGUCGAGAAGGAGCGCCGUUGACCAGUAUUCUCAAAAUUUACGACGAAAUGAUCCGAGCACACAUUCCGCCCAGUGGUUACACAUACACGGUCUUGCUCCGCGUGUUAUGUAAGCGGGAUGUCGAAGUUCAAAAGACAGUUGCGAUGCUUAAACGACAGUCCGCACGCACUGGUAUUGGUAUGGAUGAUAUUGGCCAGCUGGAAGCCGAAGGCAACUUGGGACGCGCUCUAGAGUUGUUUCGAACGGCUGCCGAACAACGCGUGCACGAGGAAUUCGAGGUCGAAAUUUACAAUCAAUUGUUACGCGUUUUGUCACACUAUGGUAACACCGUAGAUGCACAAUUCGUGUACGACCAGCUGCAACAUUCGCCACAUGCUCAACCGAAUUCCGCCACCUAUGCUGCACUGAUCAACUUGAUGGGCCGUGCCGGUCAGAUUCAGUCUGCAUUGGAUACGUUUGGUCACUAUACCGCUCUCAAACACACCUUGGGCCAGCAUGACGCAUCGUACGUAUACAAUGCAUUGGUGGAUGCCUAUCUCAAGUGCGGCCAAUUGGACAAGGCAUUGCAAGUGCUGGAAAAGGACAUGGUCAGCGAUGGCGUCAAGGUUACAGUGAUUCCAUACAACUCGAUCAUUCGACAUUACUGCGCGCAAGGUGACAUGGAACGGGCCAGGGAAAUCAUUGACAAGCUCCAGAACAAUGCAGACUUGCCGGUCGCAGAUGCAAGCAGCUAUGGUCCUAUCCUUUCCGCCUACUGUCAAUCUGGCCGUUGGCAGCCGGCGUCCGAAAUUUAUGCACAAUUGGUCAAGACGGAUAUUGCCAAGGCUUACGGCAAUUUGGCUAACUAUGCAUUGUUAUGCAUUGCGCACGCGCACGGACAUCAGGCAGUGGAGGUGAUCAAGGACAUGCACAAAGCAGGAUUAGAACCAGAUCCGAUACUUAGUACGCGCGUGGUACUGUUUUUCUCUGGUGUGCCCGAAGCGACCGAUGCCCUGUCCGCCGUGUUACAAGCCAUGUCACCUCGCACCAUCAUCAAAGGAUCCUCACUGCUGCUACAAACGGUGCUCAAGAUUAUGCAAGGUGCGCCGUUGGUGCAAGCAUUGGCCCUGGUGCGUGUGGUGGUCGGACCACUUGGAUUCCCUACCACUUUGGCGAGUGCUCUGGUCGAGUGCUGGAGUAACGACAACAAAGAGCAAAUCCAUCAAACCGAUCCACAUGAAGACGAUGAUGUGGAUUACGCCCCCUUGGUCGAAGCUGCAUUGAUGCUACCUGCCGAAUUCUGCCUCGGCGACGUAGUAAUCGAUCUUCUCGAGAAUCGUCAAUUCACUCCACCUGCUCAUCAGUUUGCACGUGUUCUGGCGCGUCUCCAGCAACUCAAGUUUGUCGAAGCCGAGACCAAGUGGAAGGCAGCGGUGGCAACCACGGACGAAUCCGAGACACUGUCAAACCAAGUACUUAAGGCGGCGAUGCGGGGUCAUGCGGACGAGGCACUCAGGGUCCUGGAACAGCAAAUUUUGAAACGUGGUUUGACGCCAUUGCCGGAACCCGCGCGAGACGCUAUAGCUUUGAUUGGCAAACAAGGUCAUUUGGAUGCUGCUUUGCGCCUGUUCCAGCUGUCCAUGGAGGCGUUCAAGGAUGACGAUGCCCGAGCUAAAUACUUGGUGAUGAAUAGUAUACUCAUUGUGUACGCACAACAAGGCGACAUGGUGCCUGCCAAGCAGUACUAUGAUCAGAUCAAGCAGAUCGGCUUUUUCCCCGACGGCAACGCCUAUGCAUCGUUAUUGCUCGGAAGCGCCAAGUGUGCCACGGACGAAGCCACCGAUGCGUUGACCAUUUACGAUGAAGCCAAGCGCCACAAUGUCAAGCCUACGACAUUCUUCUACAAUGUGGUUAUCUCUAAGCUCGCCAAGGCCCGCAAGCUUGAGCCCGCUCUGCGUCUGUUUGACGAGAUGCAGCAGUUCAAGAUCGUGCCCAAUUGUAUCACAUACGGUGCUAUCAUUUCUGCUUGCGUUCGUGCUGGAUCCGAAUUGCAAGCCCGGCGUUUGUUCGGCGAAAUGUUGUCGGCGCCAUCGUAUCAGCCGCGUGUGGGUCCUUUCAACAACAUGAUUCAGUUCUAUGUGCGUCAGCAACCAAGUCGCGAGCGAGCUCUAGAAUAUAUCAUGGAAAUGCGUCGUCGCCGUAUCAAGCCCUCUGCACACACAUACAAGCUCCUUAUGGAAGCCUACUCGACUAUCGCACCUUAUGACAUGCCUACAGCUCAUCGCAUGCUCAGUGAUAUGGAAAAGCGGGACAGGAUUCGUCCUCAAGCUACCCACUAUGCCACAUUGAUUUACUCGUACGGAUCGCUCCAACGGGAUGUCAAGAGCGCCGAGCAGGUGUUUGCCGAAAUGAACAAGGCCAAGGUUGUUCCCGAUGAAGCUGUGUACCAAGCCAUGCUCGAUACACUGAUCAGCAACGACAAAAUGGAGCGUGCUGAAGAACUAUACCAUGAAAUGCUCCAGAACAUCCGGAAGAGCUGCUCGCCCUAUAUCGAGAACUUGUUCAUCCGCGGAUACGGCCAAAAGGGAAUGUUAGACAAAGCCGAGGCCCUGUUUGCAGCCAUGUCGGACAAUCGAUUGCUGCGGUCAUCGAAUAGCAACGAAAAAUACGUUGUUGUUCGUGAGCCCAGCACAUAUGAAGCCAUGGUUCGUGCUUUUCUUGAUAACGAUCUGAUUACCAAAGCCAAGGGAGUACUCGAUAUGAUGGUCAAGCGCGAUUUCCCGGAGAAAGUCGUGGCUGCCGUUGCCGACUUGGUGCUAGAAUAA